AGACGGCCCAGCGUCCUGGGCAUGCGCACUGGGACGCAAGGAAGCGACGCUGUUUCGCUCUGGCUGCCUCUUCGUUAAGCUGGGAGGCAGAGCCUGAGCCGUGCCCAGGCCCAGCGGGGGCUGCAGCCUGAGCCCGGCGGUGUCCUCCGCCUGCCCCCUCGCCCUCCUCAGCCUCGGUGCCUUGGAAUUUGUGUUGCUGAGUCAGCAAGCCUUUCAGAUUUGCCCGGUUUUUGUUGUUUGCAUUUUAUAUCAAGAUGGGAACUCAAACAAGUCAUUCCUCCUAAGGAUCUGGUAUCUCCAUCAAGAAGGCACAGUCUGUGCCAGCUCUCCAGAGAGAAAAGGUCUCCUGGAAGCGCUGGGCAAUGAACCUGAGACUGCAGCCCAGUGUGGUCUGAAGCCGUUGGGGAGAACAGAGGGAGUCCUGGGGAAGAUGGCCAUGGCCCCAAGCCCUUCCCUGGCUCAGGUGUACACCAGCCCGGUGGCAGUGGCCGUGUGGGAAUGGCAGGAUGGGCUGGGCACCUGGCACCCCUACAGUGCCACUGUUUGCAACUACAUCGAGCAGCAGUUUGUCCAGCAGAAGGGCCAGCGCUUCGGGCUGGGGAGCCUGGCCCACAGCAUCCCCUUAGGCCAGGCUGACCCCUCACUGGCUCCUUAUAUCAUCGACCUCCCCAGCUGGACGCAGUUCCGCCAGGACACUGGCACCAUGCGGGCUGUGAGGAGGCACCUGUUUCCCCAGCACUCGGCCCCGGGCCGGGGCAUCGUCUGGGAGUGGCUGAGUGACGACGGCUCCUGGACGGCAUAUGAAGCCAGCGUCUGCGACUACCUGGAGCAGCAGGUGGCCAGGGGCGCCCAGCUCGUGGACUUGGCUGCCCUGGGGUACAACUACACCGUCAACUGUGCCACCAACACGCAGACCAACAAGACUUCCAGCUUCUGCCGGAGUGUGCGGCGCCAGGCAGGGCCCCCGUACCCAGCGACCACUGUCAUUGCCCCACCAGGCCACACGGGAGUGGCCUGCUCUUGCCAUCAGUGCCUCGGCGGCGGCGCAGCUGGCCCCGUGUCAGGCCGCUACCGCCACUCCAUGACCAACCUUCCCGCCUACGCAGCCCCCCAGCCACCCCACAGGACCGCCGUUGUUUUGGGGGCCCACCAGGCCUUUUCUCCGUACAACAAGCCCUCACUCUCUGGGGCCAGGUCUGCGCCCAGGCUGAGCACCGCCAACCUCUGGGCUGGGGCGCUGCCCUCCCUGGGGAACCAGCCCCUCUACCGCUCCAGCCUCUCCCACCUGGGACCUCAGCACCAGCCCCCAGGACUGUCCGCUGCCAGCGCAGCCAGUGCCUCCCUGCCCAGCGGUCCAGUGAGCAGCCCCAGGAGCAUCCCCACCGCGGUGCCCGUGCAGAUGUCGAAGCCCAGCAGGGUCCAGCAAGCUCUCGCAGGCAUGACGAGUAUUCUGAUGUCAGCCAUUGGACUCCCUGUGUGUCUUAGCCGCGCACCUCAGCCCGCCAGCCCUCCCGUCUCCUGUCUGGCCUCUAAAAGUCACAGCUCAGUUAAGAGAUUGAGGAAAAUGUCCAUGAAAGGAGGGCCUCCAAAGCCAGAGCCAGAGCAGGUGAUAAAAAACUACACAGAAGAGCUGAAGACGGCCCUGGAUGAGGACUGCAUCAUCUGUAUGGAGAAGCUGUCCAUGGCGUCUGGCUACAGCGACGCAACCGACAGCAAGACCUUCGGGCCGGUGGCUGUGGGCCGCUUGGCCAAGUGCAGCCACGCCUUCCACCUGCUCUGCCUGCUGGCCAUGUACUGCAACGGGAACAAGGAUGGAAGCUUGCAGUGUCCUUCCUGCAAAACCAUCUAUGGGGAGAAAACUGGAACCCAGCCCCGAGGGAAGAUGGAGGUGUUCACAUUCCAGGUGUCCCUCCCCGGCCACGAGGACUGUGGGACAAUCCUCAUAGUCUACAACAUACCCCAUGGCAUUCAGGGCCCGGAACACCCCAACCCUGGAAAGCCGUUCACCGCCAGAGGGUUUCCCCGCCAGUGCUACCUUCCGGACAACGCCCAGGGCCGCAAGGUCCUGGAGUUGCUGAAGGUGGCCUGGAAGAGGCGACUUAUCUUCACAGUAGGGACGUCCAGCACCACAGGGGAGACCGACACGGUGGUGUGGAACGAGAUUCACCACAAGACAGAGAUGGACCGCAACGUGACAGGCCACGGCUACCCCGACCCCAACUACCUGCAAAACGUGCUGGCCGAGCUGGCCGCCCAGGGGGUGACUGAGGACUGCCUGCAGCAGCAGUGA